AUGACCACAAUACGAAAGGCAGAGUCUACGCCAACGAAGUCGGAAGAAGCGUCUGCGCCAGCUGCCGAGGUCACCAGAUCCUCAUGGUUGCCUCGCUGGUCUCCAAAGUCGCAGGCGCAAAGGUUGGAAGUCUCACCACCAGUCCAGACACCGCUCGACUCAGAACCAAACAGAGCGAGGUCAGAGUCUACCGACACCAUAAGACCAGAGCGUCCAAAGUCCAACCAAAUUCCAGCCCCACGAAGAGUCGACCCCUUGACCUCGCCGUUGCCAAGACACGUCGACGGGAGGAAAAUGCUAGAAGCGCUGCGAACGAUGGGCUCGCCCGGCGUCCGGCAACUGACAGAAAACCAGAUCGCAGCCAUCCAAGCAACCUUCAGCGUCCCUAGUGCAGAGGAGUUGGCGAUCCGGGCGGCGCAAGAGAUCGAUUGGUCGUUGACGCCGUAUAUGCGUUGGAGACGAUAUGGCGAUAUUGCGCUCCAUCGACCGCGGAAUCUCGACAUGUCCACGUCCAAUCAACCACGCCAAAGGACUUCGCAGGAGACCGUCAUAGCAGACCAAGCCGGACACGAGCUGGUGCGUCGAUCUGGCCUGCCGUCCCGUUUUCGCAAUGAUGGCCAGCGGAAUCGAGUAUCUCCUCGCCCGAGGCCUGACGGGGGCGUCGGUGCGACACCACACUCGUCUGAUUCUGGGUCGUCGCGGUCCUCACAAGAUACGAUCCGCGGUGUAACGGGAAGUAGUUACUCGAGUUAUGAGGCGAUACCUCGCUAUCAGCUGUACGAUGCACCCAUGGAGGAGCAGGGCGUCGUGCCAUCGAGUUCGGUCCACCAGCCUGAAAUACCAUGCGCGGAGGUUCAGGCUGCGAUGCAAGCUCUACAUGCCCAGCUGGAGAACAUGCGAUCGCAAAAUGCCGACGCCGCAGCAUCUCCACGGAUGAAACUCAGUGAGGCUAUCUCAGCUGCUGCUGCUGCCAUACCAUCGAGAUCCAGACCAGCGGGCCAAGGUCCCGUGCAUUCAGAUAGCACUCCCACGGACGAGAUUGCUCGCCAGGAACGUCGAGAUACCGCCUUCGAAGUACCAAGUGCAGCCAUCACAAAACCUACUGCCAGCCCUGGCCAGACGACCCAGGUCCCCAGCAUCCUCCAAACCGCACACCACCUCCGCGACUCUACACCCCCACGACACACGCGCACCUUCACUCCCUCUCAGCCCCAAACCCCUCGCACCCCCUCCCUCCUUACCAAAAUCAACACCCUAACCUCAAUCAAGACUUCCCUCCGCACCGCCCAGGCGACCAACACCACCCCACCAUCCGAACAAACCCUCCUCUCCGAAAUCACCUGGCUGCGAGCCGACAUCCACCACCUCUCCCAGCACCCCUCAAAUGCCGGGAAGAAAGUCCUAGCCGAGUUCAAGCUGGAGGGGAAGAAAGUGGAAUUGGGCCGGAAUCGGGCGUGGCAGGCCGAGGGCCGUGCGAAGGCUGUGCAGAUACAGAUAGCAGGACAGACGUCGCGGCCACGUGAAGCUGUGCAAUGGCCGCCUCCUCGCGGCACAUCGAUCUACGCUCGUCGACACGGCUCGAGUCUCAAACCAUCUCCCUCACCUCCUUUCCCAACGGCACGACAUCACCCCUGCCCCUGGCGAAUCGAGCUCUACAAAACCCUUCCACGCUGGAAAAGUAUCUUUGGCCCUGCGAAGAGUGUAGAGGGCCUCAGCGCUCUUGUACCUCCUCCACUGACUCGAGAAGCGAGUUACUCUGGCCCUGCUAGCCCGGUGGAGGAGACGAAGAGGAGACCGGUGGGCGUCGGAGUGGGAAUCUAG